CAGCAGCAACGUUCCUAUGGUUACAGCCCGGUCUGUUUUUGAGGGUGGCCAGCAAGGUCGCAGCACCAAAAGUAUGAGAGGUAGAGGAAGGGGAAAGAGGAAGAAGGAGUGAGGAAGAUAAAACUUUAGAUAUUCUCUCUCAUCAUUCUUUCCUUACUUGGACCUGGAUUAAUCCUAACAUGGAAACACAACAGUCCAAACCCACAGAGGACUCCAAAAGCAGAGAAGGUGCAGCUGUCGAUACAGAGCUGGUCACACAUAUAAUGGCGCAACAUUUCCGCCCAUCUCUCAUUGGCCCGGAGGCUUGGGAGGGCUACAACUUUGGUGACCUGGAAAUCCGCAUCAAAGAGUCCACAGAUCUCUACGGAGUGAUGUUAUGGCCCUCGGCUUUGGUGUUGUGUUACUUCUUGGAGACCAACCGUGACAAGUACAACCUGUGUGACAAAAAUGUGAUUGAACUUGGUGCUGGAACUGGUCUUGUCACCAUCAUAUCCAGUCUGUUAGGGGCUAAAGUGACCUCUACUGACCUUCCAGAUGUUUUGGGAAAUCUGCAGCACAAUGUUAUGCGCAAUACCAGGGGUCGUUGCAAGUAUGUUCCCCAGGUUACAGAGCUCAUCUGGGGCCAAGAAGUCAAGUGGCGUUUCCCAAGAGCAACACAUCAUUUUGACUACAUCCUGGCAGCUGACGUGGUGUACGCCCACCCCUACCUGGAAGAGUUAAUGGACACUUUUGACUACCUGUGUCAGGAGGACACACAGAUCCUGUGGGUCAUGCGUUUCCGCCUUGACCCAGAAAACAGCUUUGUGGAUCGCUUCCAGAAACACUUCCACGUAGAGGAGCUCUACGACCUCCCGAGUCUCAGUAUCAAACUGUACCGAGCCUGGAGGAAGGAUAAUGGAACCACGGGCCGUUCAGGACAGACUGCUGCUUGAAACAUGAACCAUGGCUGCUGAAUGACACAAGUGGUUAUGAAGCAAAAACAUGUUGCUUCAGAAAUGUCAAGAUGUUUUUUCUGUGUGAUGGUGUUUGGGAAAUGCACUCUCUUGUCUCUAUAAGUGUUAUUAUGUGAUAGAGGCUGUGGAAAUUCCCCCAAUUUUAGGCAGAAAAAGCACUUUAAAUAAUAAUAAAAUAAAUAAAUAAUAAAAAUUAAGAAAAGCUUGAACAACCACUAAUGGACUUACAGAAUGAUGUCCGCUGAGCUGCGACAGCAGUCCUCAGAAAAAUAAAUAAAUCAAAAGAGAAUAUCUGGUUUGUGCGCUCUUCUGAGGCCAGGCAUGAUGCAUGCAGUGCUUGAUGUGUGUGUACAGCCGCAUAAAACUCCAUUAGAUUAGAUUAGGACAGGACGCACGGGCAACGUGAUCUUUUGGAAGUGCUCCAGUGAAAAUAAAAAGAAUGAAGCCAGAGUGCUGACAUCAUCCAUCCAGCAUGGCAUGCACAGCGAGUGUGCGCUGAGCAGAAGCAUUAAACUUAAAUCCACUUCUGUCCUCAGAAAAAUAAAUAAAUAAACAAUAAAUCUGGUUUGUGCAGGUCCCUGGGACAGGGCAUGUCCACAGACAGGACAUGUCCAGCCCACAUGUGCACAUGGGGUGUGCGCUGAGCAAAGCAUUAAACUUAAAUCCACUUCUGUCCUCAGAAAAAUAAAUAAAUAAACAAUAAAUCUGGUUUGUGCAGGUCCAUGGACAGGGCAUGUCCACAGACAGGACAUGUCCAGCCCGCACAUGCAUGUGGGGUGUGCACUGAUUAGAAGCAUUAAACUUAAAUCCACUUCUGUCCUCAGAAAAAUAAAUAAAUAGAGGUAAACACAAUAAAUCCAGUUCAUGCAAUUUAUGUGUCCAGUCCAGCACGUGUGCACGGUGGGUGUGUGCUGACCAGGAACUCACUCACUCAUUCAUCUUCAACCGCUUACUCUAAUUAAGGGUCAUGGGGGCUGGAGACUAUCCCAGCGUUCAUAGGGCGUGAGGCGGGGUACACCCUGGACAGCACGCCAGUCUGUCAC